AUGGCAUUGACAAAUUCGAGACCCUUGCAGAUCCCUGCACUUGAAAAUGAGACACUCCAUAACUCCGCUUCCCCAGUUUUCCAGCCAAGCUCACUGAGUAGCUCAUCACAGACUGCAUCAUCUGAAAACUUGGCCGAAAGAAGUAGCUCAAGCGUCACUUCGGAAUCCGGUAAUGAGAAUAGCAUCUCAGAAACUCCCUUAGUUCGCAAAGACCUUGCAGGAUUGAAACGGUCGAAUACAUCGUCGCCAGUGCCGUCUUCAGGAGGUGUUUCUGAGCUUUCUAUUACGGUUCCUGUAACAGGGCAACGUCCAAAACCUAUCAAGAAGGACUUGUCCAUGGAUGAUGACAUUUUGUUGGCAAUUUUCGUUAUACUCUACGAGAAAGAUCUACAACAGAAAGGUGUGACCGUCAAACAACUAUGCGAUUAUGUUGCCGAGAAACACCCUGAUAUGGCGGGUGCUUCCACGAAACUUUCGAAUUUGAUUUCAGCAAAAUUGAAUGCUUACGUGAAAAAGGUGGAAAAGGGCGAAAAGACGUUGAAGUAUGCUCUUUCGCGUCAGUGGUCGGAAGGCUCUCCUCGAAGAAUGGUGUACGUGUAUCGUGGGGUGUUGGCAUCGGAUUACAAGUCUCACACGCAAUCUAUGAUGUUGCAAAGGCAAGAUUCUAAAGCAAAGAGCGGAAAGCCUAACGGGCCAAGCAAAAAGGGCUCCGGGUCCUCACAGACUACAAGCGAUACCACCACAGAGGCCAGUGGCGCUGAAACAAAGAAUGGGAAUCAGGGGGGACGUGCGUUUGCCGUUAACAAUACCUUUAGCAUAAGCGCAUUUGCGAGUGAUUUCAACAUUCCAUACGCAGCAUCUCCCGUGACAAUGAGGCUCAUUCCGCAUUUCACAGAGAAUAAUAGCAGUAAUAGCGACGCCACUUCAAGUGAUUCUUCGAGGGAAGUAAGAGCGAGACCGAGUUUUAGCGAGCCUAUUGCUAAGAGACCCAGAAUAUCGUCCUCUACAGAUGCUGCUCCACCCCCCGCUGUUCCAUAUAUCACAGCUGCUGCCGCUGCUCCUAGGUUAAGUAAGCUCAGUUCGAAGCGGACUAUUGGGCUUCAAGAAGCUGGAAAUUCAACGGGCGCAUCAUCUGAUAACAAGAAAGUUUCGACGACGACGCAAAAAUCCGGCGACUCCGAUCAAUUUUUCUCUGCCAGCCUCUUGGAGUCGUUUUCUCCAAGUUUGGCAUGCAGUUCCUGGUUGCAGACCAUACGAUCAGGAUUUCUACUUGAAGAAAUCGACUCUCCAGAGACCGUUUCCGUAGAGGAAUUCGAUGGACUUUUCAAUUGA